UUGUGGCAACAGCUGGAUCAGAUGGAGUUCUUAGGAUCUACGAUACACGACAGAGUGUCGAUGAAGAUGAGACGGAUGUCACAGCCACCACGGAAGGUUUUGCUGAUACAAUAUGGAUGCUCACAGUUGCUGCAGAUAACCGGCAUGUGAUUGCCAGCUGCACCGUCAAGAUGAUGCCUGAAAUUGCUGUGUGGGAUGCUCUCGCUGGGGUCAAAGUCCGCUCUAUCAAGGCUAUGAACGCUCCUCAGCCAUUGCACAUGAUAGAUGAUAAGGUUGGUGUCGGGCGAAUGGCCGUUGGGGAAGCUACCAAGGAUCGCUUUGAUCACUUCAAGUUGCUAGACUUUGAUCAAGCGAAAGCGACUUGUGUUUUGCAAGGGAAAGCCAGCAAAAGACUGAAUGCCGUUGGAUUGAUAGACGGAAAUAAUUUCAUCGGGCUGUCCCGUGGGAGACGGAAUUUAAAAGUUUGGAACGUUCACACUGGCAAGGUUGUUGGACAAUACAAACUUGGCCAGAAGUAUCGCCUCGAAGGAAUAUUAAUCAGUAAAGAUGGUAGCACUGUGAUCUGCUCUCAGGCCAGCUUCUACGUCGAGCAAGAAGAUCAAACAGUUCCCCUUUUGGUUUUUAACACCAAAACACAAAAGCACAAGACUUUGGACCCCAUUAAAGACGAGCAGUUAGGUUUGGAUGGUUCAGCCAUCACUGAGGAUGGUAAAUACUUCAUCUUACAGCUUAAAAACGACCAGAUAAGUGCGAUAUGGAACACGGAAACUGGUGAGCUGAUGCACACCUUGGAAGAAGGUUCAAGUGGGAGGAAUAUGGUCGCAAUAUCAUCGAAAAGCAUGCUCGCCUUAACUAGCUACGAAAGUCUCAAAGUUUGGGAGAUUCAGACUGGAAAGCUGGUUCACGACCUCGUUGCCACGGACGUCGAUAAAAUUUACCUCAACGAAGAGGGCACUAUCGCCAUUACCACCGACUCCAAGGGGUAUCAGCCCUCAUCCUUCGAGGCCUGGGAUCUAAUAAAGGGCAAGAAGCUGGCCUCUUAUACAGUCGACACAAACCCGUUUGCAAUCUGUCCUCUCGGUGAUCGCAUCGUUUUUGCAGCACCGGCCAGUGUUACAGUUAUGACACUUAGAUUACACAUCCCUGAAUGCGAGGAGAAGAUGAAGCUAGCACUUUCCUCUUAUGGCAACCACAAAGAGCUGAGUGAAUUUAAAGGAAUGAUGGAUCCAUGUGAUCCUAAUGACGUUGACGACGACAACGAUGAUGAUGAUGGUGAUAUUCAAUAAAUACAAUGUGGCUCUAACAACGUAAUCUUGGAAUUAAUUAUCGAAGUGAUUGAGUCAUCAGUUGUUUUCUUCGUCACAUUCAAGUUCUAAAUGCUGUAGCCAGAUCCUAGUUGUGUAUUUGAAAUUGGUCUAGGUGAUCUGGAUAUAACACUGGCAAGAUCUUAGCUGAACUGUUAAACGAUAUAACAGUUUUUCAAUUGAGUGGCGUAAACGUUACGGGAUUGCUUGGACUUCCCUCUAUCGCGCAUAUUAUGCUUACAAACAGUGGUAAAAGAAGUAGAAGAUAUUGGAGGAUUAGUACAAUGUAUCCAUUAAUAUACCACAUGACGAUCAGAGCUAGAAUUAGAUAUACUGAACUAAAACUGAACCUGAAACUGAAAGAUAGACCUCUGCUCAGAGCUUCUGUUCAGAGAUUGAGCUGAUUCUUAGUUUCCGCUAGAGAUAUUAUAGCGAGUUUUCUCGGUUACCAAGUCAAGGUGACUCAAAAUUCAACUUUUACCCACUUGAAAUUGCUCUGUGGUUACCAAGUAAGAUAACUCUUGUAGAGGCAAUCAAUGUCAUUUAGAAUUUUGAUUCAAAUGUCGCUUAGUGUAAUAAAGCCGAGGCAUUUUCCAUUAAACAAAAACUAGCCGGUAAGACUAAUCCUAACAUGUGGCACGUGUCUUACAAGAUAAAUACGCGAUAAAGCUGCAAGCAUGAUAACAAACCCAACACGGCGGUCAAAAGUCGGGCAUGCGCAGGGGGCUAGUUAUGGCCGAUCGUGCGUUAUUUCCAACGAAAAAUGUAAUUUGUGGUAAUCCUAAUGAGCAUGAAUUAAUAUUUUGCCGGCACGUAUCGGAGGACUGGGGGUGGCUGCGAGGUACGCAGAGAGUUAUGGGAACGUGGUUUCUAAGUAGACGUCGUUAGUGGGGCAAGGCAUUCUACGGUCAGCCUUUACCGUGUGUAGCUUUUCGUUUUCGUCUUUUGUAUAAUUUUAGAGCGGUACUUGCAUAUUACCAUAAGUAACUAUGUAAAAAUGCAUGUCAUUCAUAGGAUACCCUAAGACCCCAAGGGUGGCACCGCUGCCUUGGUCGGAGGUACACGUUUCCCGUUUUUUCCACCUGCUGGUUUUUAGGGGUUUUCGUGUCCGGCUUUGGUGCAUUUAGUUUACUUCAAUUGU